AUGGGCCAAGAUCAGUCUCGUCGGCGACCACUACCACCUUAUUCCCCACAACCAGGCUAUGGUGGACAACCAGGAUCAGGCUUUAGUGGACAAUCAAGUUAUGGCCCACCACCGGGCUAUGGAGCACGUCCAACCUAUGGGGCACAGCCGGUUUGUCCACAACCAUGUUAUUCACCACAAGUAGUUUAUGCACCACAGUCGUACAUGGGGUAUCCGCCACAAAACACUGUUGUAGUUUAUCGGUAGGUUUAUUUGGCUAAAGAUAUGUUGUGUUAUAUGGUAAUGGAUUUGGAUCCGUUAGUUAUUUUGCGUUUUUUGGUUUUAAAAAUUAAGAAUGCUUGAACAUGAAAGUGCGAAAGAAUUAAUGGAUCUUUUUAGUAUUUAGUUUAGGAAAAAAUAUUAGAUCUACCUAGUAUACCCAUCUUUUUUACUCGCUUUUCAUCGAUUAACAGCAAUUUUGAUGGACUUUUUUAAAUUUAACAGCUUUUUUAACACAAUUUUUAAAACUCCUAACUGAUAAUAGUAAAACCAAAGAUUAAGAACAUGAUUUUACAAGUAAUUUAUCUUAUCAUUAUAAGUAUUUUGUUAAAAUUUCGAUUUUAGGCGGCAUGAUGAAGACGCAUGUUGUUGUUUGGCAAUGUUAGCAUGUUGUGCUUGCUGUCUCUUAGCUAAUAAUUAA